UGAAAAAACUUUUGAAACCUUUGAUUUUAACGUGGUAAACGAUGAACAAGGUUCUUAUAAUGAAAUAAUAAGUGUUACAAAUUUGAAGCAAAAAAAGAAUAAAAGGAUGAUUUUAAAUUAUAUCUGGGCUUACCGUGAGAAUAUUGAUUACAGGAUGUUGAGGUCGUUUUUGGAAACCAAUUAUUCCGGUUUUGCUCAGUUUUCAGUUGUUGAAUCUGCUUAUAAUCAAAAAUUCAUCACUCGAAAAACGAUUACGCUAGCUUCUAUUAUGCAAAAAUCAACAUUCCAAUUUCUAGCUCGUACUUUUAAACAAGAGCAUCAAUCCCGAGUUAUAGGAAUAUUUUUCAUUUCUUUCUUUACAAACUCAAAUUCUGAUGAUGUACCUAGUCUAAAGUUUGGUGAUAUAAAUAUGAAGACAAUUGAGCUUCUAAGUAGUCAAGAUGAUUGCUGCUUUAUUAAACUCUAUUCAAAACAAAAGUUUUUGAUUCGUAUGAAGAAAUCAGACGAGAAAGUAUUAGCUUAUGUCUUGAUGAAUAUUCAAGACAAAGAGCUUGUGUUGUUAAAUCAAGAAAAACGUGAAUUUGAAACAAAUAUCUAG